CAUUUUCAGAUUGUCGUUGCUGCUCUCAUUGCAGUUAAUUUCGGGCUCACAGGCCAGGGAACCUUCUCUAAAACCUAUGCGGAUUUGGUGGUCUUCUUCAUUUGCAUCUACGUCUCCGCCUUUGCGUGGUCCUGGGGACCAUUGGGCUGGCUGGUCCCCUCUGAAAUCUUCCCGCUUGAGAUUAGGUCUGCUGGUCAGAGCAUCAAUGUCUCUGUGAACCUGCUCUUCACCUUCAUCAUUGCUCAAGUUUUCUUGUCCAUGCUCUGUCACAUGAAGUUUGGUCUCUUCUUCUUCUUCGCCGCCUUCGUGGGUCUCAUGACUGCAUUCAUUUACUACUUUUUGCCUGAGACCAAGAAUAUUCCAAUUGAGGAGAUGGAACAAGUUUGGAAGGAUCACAAGUUUUGGGGGAAGGUGAUCAGGGAUGAGGAUGAGAAGGACAUUGAGAUGAGUUGAGCUGAGGGAGGACAUGAACGCACUCUCUCUCUAGAUCCCCCUGUUCUAUUUUUCUUUGUUGUCCUCCAGGUUUAGGACCGAUGGU